AUGGAGGCCCUUCUCCAGCAGUCUCGGGCCAUGUGUCCGUUCCUCAAGCGCAGCUCUCCGACUACUCUCCGCUCGCUUGCCACGGCCACCCGCCCCAGUGCCAGCCCCGGUGGUGGUACCAUGUCGAAUUUGCAGAGGUUGGCUCGCCGCUGCCCGGUCAUGAGCAAGGCCCUUGCUGUGCAGAGUGCCCGCAUGACUGGUGGCAAGCGCUUCACUUCCUCUGCCGCCGGUGUGCCGACUCCGGCCAAGUCUACUCGGACUACUGCGGGCAAGAGAGCGCUGCACUCCACUGGCGGAAAUGGUGCCAACAUGACCACUGAGUUCCACAAGGACGCCCAGCGAGUGCACCCGACCUUCUCUAAAGCCGCUGCGAACCCGCUUGGAGCGACCGCGACUGUGUCUGGCCCUCGUCCUGGAGCCCCCGUGGCUGCCCCAUUCGACUACAACGCUUUUUACAAUGCGGAGCUGCAGAAGAAGCACCAGGACAAGUCCUACCGUUAUUUCAACAACAUCAACCGCCUUGCCCAGGAGUUCCCCCGCGCCCACACUGCUUCCAAGGAAGAGAAGGUGACGGUCUGGUGCUCGAACGACUACCUCGGUAUGGGACGCAACCCGGAGGUGCUUUCCACAAUGCACAAGACGCUCGAUACUUAUGGAGCCGGAGCGGGUGGAACUCGUAAUAUCUCCGGACACAAUCAACAUGCCGUGGGAUUGGAAAAUACUCUGGCGACUCUGCACCACAAAGAGGCCGCGUUGGUGUUCAGUUCAUGCUUUGUGGCCAACGAUGCCACUCUGGCAACUCUAGGUAGCAAAAUGCCUGAUUGUGUCAUCUUGUCUGACAGUUUGAAUCACGCUUCGAUGAUUCAGGGCAUUCGCCACUCCGGCGCAAAGAAGAUGGUCUUCAAGCACAACGACCUAGUCGACCUCGAGACGAAAUUGGCGUCUCUGCCGGCACAUGUUCCCAAGAUCAUCGCCUUUGAAUCGGUGUACAGCAUGUGUGGAUCGAUUGCUCCCAUUGAGCAGAUUUGUGAUCUAGCCGACAAGUACGGAGCCAUCACUUUCUUGGAUGAGGUUCAUGCUGUAGGCAUGUACGGGCCUCAUGGUGCUGGUGUUGCCGAGCACCUUGAUUACGAAGUUUAUGCUUCCCAGGAUACCGCCAGCCCCAUCAGCACAAAGGGAACUGUGAUGGACCGAAUUGACAUUAUCACCGGUACGCUCGGGAAGGCUUAUGGAUGCGUUGGUGGCUAUAUCGCUGGCUCUGCCGCCAUGGUCGACACAAUCCGUUCCCUUGCCCCCGGAUUCAUCUUCACCACCUCUCUUCCACCAGCCACCAUGGCCGGCGCAGAUGCCGCCAUUCGCUACCAAUCCCGGCACCAGCAGGACCGCGUCCUGCAGCAGCUGCACACCCGUGCCGUUAAGCAAUCCCUCAAGGAUUUGGAUAUCCCCGUCAUUCCGAACCCCUCCCACAUUGUUCCUCUCCUAGUCGGUGAUGCCGAGGUCGCCAAAAAGGCCUCCGACAAGCUUCUCGAAGAGCACGGCAUCUACGUUCAAGCAAUCAACUACCCCACCGUUCCCCGCGGUGAAGAGCGACUCCGAAUCACACCCACCCCAGGCCACACCAAGGACCUCCGCAAUCACCUCGUAGAUGCCGUGAACACCGUUUGGACCGACCUGGGCAUCAAGCGCGCAAGCGACUGGAAGGCCAUUGGUGGUUUCGUCGGCGUCGGCGUCGAACAAGCCGAGCUCGAGAACCAGCCAAUCUGGUCCGACGCCCAGCUGAACCUGCAGCCAAACGAAGCCCUAGAGGCUGCCGUGGAACGCGAGUUCCGCACCCCUCGCGUCCUCAAAGCCGGGGACGCCCUUGGCGCUGUUCCUGCUGCCGCUACUCCUGCUGCAUCAAUCCCCGUUGCUGCUGCCGCUUAA